UUUUUUUUCUUUAAAUUUUUCAUUUAAGAUGAGUCUAGAUAAUUCUAAUUUAAAUGAAGAUCAACAAUGGUUCGAUAAUGUUGAGAAUUUUCGCCCUCUUCGUGGCGGAAGACGUGGGGAUACCUUAAAUAAAGUGAUAAGUUCAAUUUCUAAGAUAUCCGUAGACGAAGCAGAAAAGAAGUUUCAAAAAGAACUUUUGGAAGCCGAGAAACAAGCAGACCCUUUAGCUUCAAUGUGCAAUUAUGUCGCCUGGUUUGAAGAACACUUUCCUAGUGGAAAGAGAAACUUUUUUUACCCAAUUUUGUAUAAAAUUUGUGUUACUUAUUGCAAUAUGGAUAUGUACAAGAAUGAUGAACGCCUUUUAAAAAUUUGGCUAAAAUUAGCGGAGAAUUUCUUAGAAAGCAGUCUGGCUGUAAUGGAAUUUGCUUACCUUAAAGGAUCUUGUCGCAAUUUGGCAAAAUUUUAUAUUUGUUGGAGUGAAAUGUAUCAGUCAAUUGAAUGGUGGAAUAAAGCUCGCGAGAAGCUUCAACUUGCUCUAAAAAUGAACGCCGUCCCAUUAGAUUUAGUCCAUAAAGCUAGUGAUGAACUCGAAUCAAAUAUAAUGUCAAUUUGUAAACAAAAUCCCGAAAAUCCAUUGGACAAUGAAGAUUUUGAUGAUUCUGUUGAGUCUGCUAGAACAACAUUUUCGAGGCUUAGAGGAAUUGGACGUUUACAUUUUGCACCAAUUAUACGAUUGCCUCAAGGACCGCCAGGAGUUUUGAGGAGGCCGCUGUGUUUCUUCUAUUUGGAAUUUUAG